CAGUGGUCUCUCGGUCUCUCGGGCAGAGCGAGACGGAAGAAUGAUUUGAGAGCAGGCCAUAUAUACAUACAAUAAGCAUAGCCGCUUCCCCCCUUUCCCCUCCAGCACCGUCCUUCAGCACAAACCAACAAUACCCACCCUCUCACACCCUCCCACCCCCACCUGACUACCGCCGCCAUAUCCGGCGCCCCCCCCGUUCAGUUUCUCUCUUGCCUCAUAUAGGAACGUUCCCAGAUCGGCGCAGUUUUCGCAGCAUCCCGCGCACGUUCAAGAGGCCAUUCCCCCCGAUCCCGAUACGAACUCCAGCCCCUCCCACGUUCAGACCUGAGGCCGUGGGAACAGAGGGCAGCAUAGCAAUUGGCAACCUCGUCGACGACUUGCAAGCACGAUGCACGACAACGAUCAAGAUUCCGCUUUUGACGUCUUCCCGUGCACGGCUACCUAUGAGCCUGUCUCGGCGGAGUUAGCGAUCGCGGAAGCCGACGCGCAGAAUCAGUUCGAACUCGAUAUGCAGGAGUAUUUGAACCUAGAAACCGACCCGGCCACUGGUGAUGCCAGCGAUGUCACAAUACGACAGCAGGAGCAACCGCUCCUGGCACCCGAAGAGGGUUACCUCUCCGACCCAUAUACGCACCACCCGUCCCCAUCUUUCGCAGAUUCGAGAAACCUUACCGACGCCGAUGAGCCACCUUCAGCAGCGUUGGGAAUGGAUUUACUCCCGUUCUUUCCCAUGAUGGAGACGUUUGACGAGUCAUUGAAUAUAGAGCAGGAAUCGGCAGUCGUGGAUCCUAGAAUCUUUGCGCCCGACGCGACGGCUCAGUCACGGAUAUCACCUCCGGUGGCUGAUAACGUGCUCGAAGAAGAAGAGAAAGAAGAGGAGGAGCGCCCUAUCAUCAAAAAGGAGAGAGCAUCCCGGAGAACACAAAAGCAGCAACCGAUAGCGAUUCCCGAUACGGUCACGCCGCCGACGCCAUCACGAUCGACUGGCACGAGACCAUCCCAGAAAAAGCGACGUCGAGUCGCCAGCCCGUCGCCAGUGAAACAUGUGAAACAGGAACAGGAGCCGAAGGCAGUUGCGGAUACGGUCGAGUUCUGUUACGAGAAGGAAGACUCACCGGGGAUGGAAAGCGUCGAUCACCCCGCCAGUCGCGAUUCCUCGCCUGACGCGCCAGCGCAACCCCUAAAACCAAACAAAAAGAAGGCCUCGGACGCAACGAGCACGAAAUCUCGCGCCGACAAAUUCUCCCUCGAUAAUAUCGGCUACAGUUUGGAAGAUCUCCGUCAAUUCGUUGAGGAGCUCGAGGCUGACGACUCUAUCACGCCGAAAGAGAAGCGUCAACUCCGCAAUAAGCUAUCCGCUCGCAAUUUCCGCGUCCGACGGAAGGAGUACGUGACCCAGUUGGAGGAUGAGGUGGAGGUGCUACGGAAGGAGAACACAAGUCUGAAGAGCUCGUUGGAGGCAAAAGCCAAGGAAAAUGAGGACCUGAAGAGAGAAUUGAAAGAGUUCAGGGAGAAGCAGGGUCGAUUGCUGAACUUCAACCGUGACUCGACCAAUCCGACCACGGCUACGUCUGCCGCCGCAUCUACAGGCACAAACUCCUUCCACCACAUGCAGGAUUUCAGGCAUGUCAGCCAGCGACUGCAAGUACAUUCCGUUCGCGUUCCUGCACCUGCUUUAUCGUCGUCGAGGCGACCGUCGAUCUAUGAAGAGCAUGACGAAACUGCGGCUCGAGAAGCCGCUACGUCGUUUUUGGAUCUUGUCAAGCGUAUCGCUGACAAGGACGCUGGCAAGGACGAGCACGCUGUGGAAGCAACCCCGGAACUUUCAAUCGAAGCCCCCAAAUCGGUUGAAGCCCCGAAAAGCCCGGAACCAUCUCAAAUCACCGAGGAUGCGGAAGAUGAGAUAUCGAGCCUCGAAUAUCAAAUCGCAACCGAAGAAGAAACCACGACCCCUCACACCCUUUCCACCCCAUCGACCACUCCAUCCCGUACCCACCGCUUUGCGACCCUCCGCCCGCAAGAUAUCGUCCGCGCAGCCUUCGAAUCCCUCAAACUCGGCGAACUCCAACCCAUCCCCACCCUCGACCGCGUCACCGACCCCGCUGCACGCGCUCACGCUGCACACAUGGUGAAGCAGACCAUCGCUUUGGCUGCUGUCCUUACCGUUCGUUGUUGAGUGUGCUUUUUCGGAUCAGAAGUGCCAUCCGACGCCCCUACCCUACCCUAAUACCCCCCCCCCCCCGCAUCUAUACACGUACUCCCCUCCCCGAAAUUGGUGGAUUGUAUGGAUUUGCUUUUUGUAAACAUCUUGGUUUUUGAGAAAACGUUGCCUUGUGCCCUCUACCCCACCCCUCUCCGAUUGUUGGUGACAUCUUGUUUGCCAUCCACGUGCUUUGGGAUCUGGGCCAUGUACAGAUGUAUUCCGAUGUACUGCUCUUGUUGUACUUUGGCGGAAAAUCGAAAUUUUUGUUUCUGUUAUGCAAUGACCUUUUGUUCGACCUGGG